UUCAGUUGAACUUGAAAGCAAUCAUGGGUUCCUUCAAAAUAAUCUCCAUAUUCGUUCUGGUAGUCCUACUUUUCCCAUCUUUUCACCCCAAAUGCGGAGCUUCAGCUUCUGCUGAAGAGGGUGCUGCUCUUUUGAAAUGGAAAGCCAGUUUUCGGAACCAGAACAACAGCUUCCUAACCUCAUGGAACCUUCAAUUCAUCAACGCCAAAAAGUCGUCUAUCCUUCCUUGCACUUGGGCUGGUAUUUCCUGCAUUGACGGAAGAGUCAACAGAUUGAACCUUUCAGAUUGGAGCAUUGAAGGUUCAAUCCCUGCUUCAAUUGGUAACUUGAGUGACUUGGAACUUUUGGCUCUCCAUGAGAAUCAAUUUUCUAGUACCAUUCCGCCCACUUUUGGUAACCUCAAUAGGCUGGUGGAUCUAAAGCUUUUCCGUAAUCACCUCUCUGGUCCAAUUCCUAGUGCUAUGGGGAAUCUGAUCUCACUUCAGCUUCUUUCCUUGGGCGACAAUAAUCUUAUCAGUGCGAUCCCAAAUUCAUUAGGAAAUUUGACCAAUUUAAUUGAACUGUAUCUCCAAAACAAUCAAUUUUCUGGUUCAAUUCCGGUCACUUUUGGUAAUCUCAAUAGGUUGGUGAAUCUAAGCCUUGACCAAAAUCACCUAUCUGGUCACAUUCCUCCAGUGAUAGGGAAUUUGAGCUCACUUCAGUUUCUUUACCUAUAUCAAAAUAAUCUCACUGGUGCAAUCCCAAAGUCACUAGGUAAUUUGACCAAUUUGAUUGGACUAGAUCUCUCUUACAAUCAACUUUCAGGUUCAAUCCCUGCUUCAAUUGGUAACUUGAGUAACUUUGGAGUACUGUAUCUCUACAACAAUCAAUUUUCUGGUUCAAUUCCAGCUACUUUUGGUAACCUCAAUAGGCUGGUGAAACUAGAUCUCGCUUUCAAUCAACUUUCGGGUUCAAUUCCUGUUUCAAUUGGAAACUUGAGUGACUUAGAAAUUUUGGCUCUGGCAGAAAAUCAAUUUUCUGGUACCAUUCCACAAGCGCUUGGAAACCUGAAUAAGUUGGUUGCUUUGAGAUUGUUUAGAAAUCAGUUCUCUGGUCCAUUGCCAGAACUAUUAUGUCAAAGUGGAAUUCUCCAAAACAUUUCUGUAUCUGAGAACAUGCUUACUGGUCCAAUCCCUAAAAGCUUGCAAAACUGCUCAAGCUUAGUUAGGGCCCGUUUCAACGGUAACCGUUUCCAAGGAAACUUAUCAGAAAUGUUUGGAAUCUAUCCAUCCCUGGAUUUCAUAGAUCUCAGCAAUAACAAAUUCUAUGGGAAACUCUCCAGCAACUGGGGUAAAUGCAAAAUGCUGAAAACCUUUAUAGUUGCAAAAAAUAACAUCACUGGUGGUAUACCUCCAGAAAUUGGAAAUUUGGCUCAACUACAUACACUUAAUCUUUCUUCGAAUUAUUUAUCAGGGGAGAUACCGAGGGAAGUUGUGAAGUUAACUUCCAUGCUUACACUAGAUUUACAUGACAACCAGCUUACUGGUGGUAUACCUCAAGACUUGGGAGUGUUAAUGGAAUUUCUAGACCUGUCCACAAAUUCCUUGAAUGGAACCUUACCAGAACUUCUGGGCGAUUUGAAACACUUGUUUCACAUGAACUUGAGCAAUAAUGUUUUAGGUCAAAAGAUUCCAUCACAGAUUGGGAAGUUAACCCAACUUUGUGAUCUAGAUUUGAGUCAAAAUCUCUUCACAGGAGAGAUACCAUUUGAGUUUCAAAAUCUGCAGAGUUUGGGGACAUUGGAUCUCUCCCAGAAUAACCUCUCUGGUAUGAUCCCAAAGGCUUUGGCAGAAUUGCCAGGUUUAUUGCACAUUAAUCUUUCCUUUAAUAAUUUGGAGGGUCCAAUUCCAAGUGGUAGAGCCUUUGUGAAUCUAACCUUAGAAGAAGUAAAGGGAAAUAAAGGUUUGUGUGGCCAUAUUACAGGGUUACGAGCCUGUGAAAGUUCCCGGUUGAUUAAAAAGCAUGUCAAGGAUAAAAGCAAGGAACUUGUUCUCAUAAUUGUAUUGCCUCUUCUGGGAUCAUUCACACUUCUUGGUGCAUUGUUCGGUGCUCUCAAAUUGCGUGAUCAGAGAAAAAGAAAUUCAAGAGCUGAAGACAUGGAGGUGAAUAAGGGCGGUUUAUUUGCCAUAUGUGCUUAUGAUGGCAAAGCAUUGUAUAAAGAAAUCGUGAGGUCUACAGAAGAGUUCAGUGAAACAUAUUGCAUUGGGAAAGGAGGUUGUGGAAGUGUUUACAAAGCAAAGCUUCCAUCAGGCGAAGUAGUAGCUGUAAAAAGACUUCACAACAUACCUAAUGUGGCAAAGGAUAGAAGUUUCUUGAAUGAGAUCAGGGCCUUGACAGAAAUCAAGCAUCGGAACAUUGUGAAACUCUUUGGCUUCUGCUCAAAUGCUCAGCAUUCAAUUUUGGUUUAUGAGUACCUCGAAAGGGGGAGCUUGGCCAAAAUCUUGAGCAUAGAAGAAGCAGCUAAGGAACUAGACUGGCAAAAGAGGUUGAAUAUCAUCAAAGGCGUCGCUCAUGCUUUGUCUUACAUGCAUCAUGAUUGUUCACCACCAAUUGUACACCGAGACAUAUCAAGCAACAACAUUUUGCUUGAUCCAGAAUGCGAGGCUCACAUUUCAGAUUUUGGCACUUCCAAGUUCCUCAGAAGAGACUCGUCUAAUUGGAGUUCUCUUGCAGGAACAUAUGGAUAUGUUGCACCAGAAUUUGCGUACACAAUGAAAGUUAACGAGAAGUGUGAUGUUUAUAGCUUUGGGGUCCUGACAAUGGAAGUAAUCAAAGGAAAGCAUCCUGGUGACUUGAUUGCUAAUCUAUUGUCUUCAAAGCCUGAAGAGAUAGACCUAAAAGACUUGUUAGACCAAAGACUUCUGUAUCCCAAUCAACAAAUUGAAAAGAGUCUGAUAUCCAUUCUCAAACUAGCAAGAGAAUGUCUACAUGUUGAUCCUCAAUGUAGGCCAACAAUGCUCAUUAUUUCCAGGUAUCUUGCCUCCUAUUAAAUGCAGACUGCAGUGCCUCAUUUCCCUCCCCCUUACGUAGCACUAUUCUGUGUAAAAAUAAACUCUCCCUAGCCAAUAGAGUUUGCGGAAUUGAUACAAAAACUAGCAUAGGGAGGAAAUUGAGAGUUUGGAAAUGUAUGGUAAUCUUAUCCUGAAAGUAAUAAUUCUAUGACAUUGUCUUCAGUCUUAAUA